UUCCAGCGCAGCCUCGGCAUUCAUAGGUGAAAGGACUUGAGGUGCGGAACACCACCUCAACACAUGGCCAGGUUGACAGUUGGGGUUGCCACUAAAGAUGCCAGCCCCGGACGCCACCAUGAAGAGGAGUCUCAUACGUUACGGAUAUAAGUGUUGAGAUCGCCGUCCCUUCCAAGACGCUGGGAGGCUGUAUUCAUGUUCAUCGUCCUUCCGCCAUGGCAUCCCAAACCGACAUCAGGGUUGCUUCUCUGGCGGCCGGCUUCACGCUUGGCUUUGGGUUCCUGACGGUCUGGGAGGCUAUCAAGCAGACGCGCAGGAACCGCAACCCACUCCGCAGCACAUACAUCUAUAUGAUGUGGGGCGAGAUCGUUGCCAACCUAGCCAUUGGUAUCAUAGGCUGGCUGUUCUUGGAUGGAACCUUGGGGCCAACGGUCCCCGUGCUCUUCUUUAUCCUCUUCCUCUGGGUCUUUGAGAUACAGCUCCUGAUGCAGAUCAUCAUCAACAGGAUUGCAGUCAUCGCCGAGAACCAGAAAACAAUCCAGUGGAUGAAAUGGGGCACCGCUGUGACCAUCACCAUGAUCAACAUUGCCGUCUUUUGCAUCUGGAUCCCAGCACACACCGUCCCGCCUGUGAGCCAAACUUAUGUGGCAAUCAACCGUUACUGGGAUCGCGUCUCCAAAGUACUCAUCUUGCUCGUCGACGCAGGCCUCAAUUGGUUCUUUAUACGAACCGUCAAGACCCGACUGUUGAAACAGCACGGGUUGGCCAAGUACAAGCCGCUGGUUGGCUUCAAUUCCAUGUUGAUGAUCCUCUCCAUCGUCAUGGACGUCAUGCUCAUUGGUCUCAUGUCACUCCCGAACCAGGUCGUCUAUAUCCAAUUCCACCCAGUCGCCUACAUGGUCAAGCUGAACAUUGAAAUGUCCAUGGCCUCUCUGAUCACACGUCUGGCAAAGAACCAAGACCCAGAGUUCAGGCUCAACUCCCUCACGUACUCUCAAGACCAACACACGCACACGGGCCACAAUCUCGGCAAUAGGGACCAGGGCACAGGUCCAAAGAAUCCCCACAAGGCCAGCGCGCAAGCGAUGCGGUUGGACAAGGAAUCCGAGGCGAUGAAAGAUAGUGCCCCUGGAAUCCAUAGGAGGUUCGAUGUGAACGUUACAGUGGAACGCCCUGGAUCCUUCUCCACGAAUGAUGGACAAGGUGACGAGGGACAAGGCACGAACACCUUCCAGAGAGUCGGCGAUGAGGUUCCCCUGACAACCAGUGCCUGGUCCCCCUCCAAAAAGCGCUGAGAUGGAUUGUCGCCCGUCCUAUCUAGUCAACAGGAUCACCCUGAGGAUAGAUGAGAAUGAACAAUUUGACUCGUCAACUAUAAGUGAAGUGGCCAGCCAUGAUGACCCGCGCCCUUUCCAAAUAUCAGCCUGUAGCUGAUUGU